AAUGUCAUUUCUCGACGCUUUAACUUUGUGUCAGAGCUGCGCAGCGCUCAGUCCCGGUACGCGUCCGUAUGUCUCUGUUUCUGUCCAUGACCAUGCACUAAAAAAGCCUACAUCCAUCGAGCUGAAUCAGGACUUGCAAACACACAGCACUGAGUGUGUUUGUUUGGAUGCAGUCAUCCCGGAUGCUUCCAGAGUCGUGAUUUUAUUCUGACAAACGGAGUAUUCAACCACGACCCCGGACAAAGUUGUUGCUUCUGAGAGGGGAUACACAACCCAGGUCCCUGAUGAAACAGUUUGUAUCCAGGAGGAUACUUGGUCUUGGCAAGACAUUUUUUGCCUACAGGGACCAUCUGAACUUGUAUGCAGUUCAAUUCAGCACUCGUGUGUGAUGAACCUGCAGCGCAGUGAAAGAGGGGAGCGUCCUUUGCCUCGAGGCCUGGAGAUGGAGCCUCGUACUGGGGGAAAGAUGGGAAAGAUAUCCCUGGGCUUCCAGAGGAGCUCCACCUCAGACGAUGACUCUGGGUGUGCGUUGGAGGAGUAUGCUUGGGUGCCACCGGGAGUCAGGCCUGAGCAGGUCCAGAUGUAUUUCUCCUGUCUGCCAGAGGAUAAGGUGCCAUAUGUCAACAGCUCCGGAGAGAAGCACAGGGUCCAACAGCUCCUCUACCAACUGCCGCCACAGGACAACGAGGUGCGUUACUGCCACUCUCUGACUGAGGAGGAAAAGAGGGAGCUCCACAUGUUCAGUGCCCAGAGGAAGAGGGAGGCACUGGGGAGAGGAACACCCAAAAUCCUGCCCCGAGCUCUGCAACACACCCGCUGUGAAAAUUGUGGCGGAGGCAUCAAUGGAGGGGAGAUGGCAAUUUUUGCCUCCAGAGCAGGGCCGAGCCCCUGCUGGCACCCAGCAUGCUUUGUGUGUGCCACAUGUCAAGAGCUGCUGGUGGAUCUCAUCUAUUUCUACCAUAAUGGCAAGAUCCUGUGUGGAAGACACCAUGCUGAGCUUCUCAAACCACGAUGCUCUUCAUGUGAUGAGAUCAUAUUUUCAGAUGAGUGCACUGAAGCAGAGGGUCGUCACUGGCACAUGAAACACUUUGCCUGUUUUGAGUGUGGAACAAUGCUAGGAGGGCAGCGCUACAUCAUGAAAGAUAGCCGGCCCUACUGUUGUGGCUGCUUUGAGUCACUGUAUGCAGAGUAUUGUGAGGCCUGUGGUGAAAACAUUGGUGUUGACCAUGCCCAGAUGACCUAUGAAGGUGUGCACUGGCAUGCCACAGACCAGUGCUUCAGUUGCGCCCAGUGCAAGACAUCCUUGUUGGGAUGUCCCUUCCUGCCAAAGCAAGGUCGCAUCUAUUGCUCAAAGGCUUGCAGCCAGGGGGAAGAUAUACAUGCCUCUGACUCAUCUGAUUCUGCCUUCCAGUCUGCCCGCUCACGAGAGUCACGGCGCAGUGUACGCAUGGGUAAGAGCAGCAGACCUGCUGAACAGUGGAGACAGUCACAGCUUUUUAACCCCCCUGCCACCAUCCCUUCAUUUGAGUAUAAAUUUGGAGAUGGAGAAGAUGAUGGAGAUGCUGAUUGCGACAUUGGUAUCGUAGGGCGCAAGCUGGCCCGUCUAGGCCUGGAAGAGGAUAGGUUCUGGAGGGAGCGGGAGGAGCAGGAUGUUGGUGGAGAGGAGGAUCCAGAGGAGUGGGCACAGCAUGAGGACUAUAUGACUCAGCUCCUGCUCAAGUUUGGUGACCGUGGCAUGUUACACCAACUUCAGCAGCCAUCCCUAAAAUCUCCCAGCCCCAGCAGCGACAGAAACAGACUAAUAACUGUCUCUGACCCAUGGCUAAAGCCUGAUACUACAUCUAUGGGGGUUACCGCUUCCUCUCCAACCCCUGCCAGUCCCACCCAGAGCCAGAAUUCCAGUCAGUCUCGAGCCAACAGCCUUAGCCCUGGACUGAUGAGCAAGAAGCACUUGCCUGAAAUGUACUGGGCACAGUCCCAGGAUGGGUUGGGAGACUCAGCCUAUGGAAGUCAUCCAGGUCCUGCCAGUGCCAGAAAGAUCCAAGAGCUCGAGUUGGACCAGGAUCAGGACCAGUCUGGGACAGGAAAACAGAAUUUCUGGCCAGACACUAGGCAGUGGUAUGAAGACUCCCUUGAGUGCAUUGCUGAUGAACUAAGGAAAGUCGAGCAAGGUGCUGGAGACUCCAUGGACUCCCUGGCGCUCUCAAACAUCACUGGUGCAUCAGUGGAUGGAGAUGACAGGGACAGACCUAUAGUCUACACCCUUGCCAUGCAGGAUCCCUCAGUGGCAGACGACUGUGAGAAGAUGAGCAACAUGGGAACUUUUAAUUCAUCUCAUCUUCACCAUAGUGCUAACUCUCUCAACCUUAACAUGGAGAAGGGAGAUGAUGAGGAGUUAGCACUGGCAAUGAGGGGAGGCACACCAGAGGGACUUCACUCAUUGUCCCCACAUUCGGAAGGCCUCCCUUCUUCCUUUGUCCAUGCCCCAGCUCUGAGGAGGAGCAAGUCCCAGUCCAGGCCUCCUCAGAUGGUCAAGUUUUCUGAAGACACUGUAGAUAAUGGAUAUAAUGAUGGGUUUGAUCUUAAUAUUAGAAAGCAUCCUAUGAGUGAGAAGCCACAGCGGAGGGUGUACUGCUCAGAUGAGAUGGGCCGAGAAAGAAGCCGCCCAGCAAGCCACCAUGGGCGCAGCAGGAAUCACCAUCACCGCCAAGGUCGGCACCACAGGAGCCGCAAAACCCGCUCGGACAACAAUCUUCACAUGGUGCCUUUGGAGAAAGCACAAAGGCCAUAUGAGCGCCAGCACCAGGAUCUGGUGAACUCUCCUUGUGGUGCCAUGCUCCUACAGCAUCCCGCACACAGGCUGCCUUUGGCCUACUCCCAAAGCCGAUCUAACUAUAUGCCUCAGGGCUCAGCUCAAGGAGACCCACGGGCUGAGUAUUUCAUGGGUCUCUGCAGAGACGAGGAUGACUAUUGCUCUACUUGUUCUUCCUCAUCAUCGGACUCUGAGGAGGAGGGCUAUUUCUUGGGCCAGCCAAUACCUCAGCCUCGAGUGGCUGGACGUUACUAUGCGGAGGACUACCCAACGAGGGUUACAGCCCUAUCCUCCCAGAGCCAUGGCUCACAGACUGGUCGCAGAAAAAGCCACCGCUCCAAAAACUGUAUCAUCUCUUAACAACUCAGAGUGUAUUUAAAUUGCAACCUCCAAUACACUUAAUAGUAAAAUCUGAUCAUGUGUCUUUUGCAGAACAAAUCUGGUUUAGGAAAGGCAGUAUAAAACAACCCACAGGCACAAACUGUGUAUUACGCCCUAACAUAAGGUGUAAUGUCAAGAUGCAUAUCAUAUGGCCCAAAUCUCCCCAAAGAAUAAAUCAAUUCCAACUGCUAAGAAAGACAAGAAAAGAGUGGAUCUGUGUAAAAUAUAGUCAGACAUUUUUUUCUUUUUUUUGUGUGUCCAGAUUGGCAGAUUCAAUACUGGGUUUUGAAUUUUAGCAUUAAUAUGAUGCAUGUAAUGGUAAAUUUGGAAGCCUCUCUUUAAACAGUCCAGACUGAUAUUAUGUACAGAGUUGACAUUGAUGACAUUAGACUUUUUCUUUCAUUUUGACAUCAAGAUUCUUUUUUUAAAAAAUUGCGCUCAGUUAACAGUUUUGCAGCAAAAUAUUUGUGUGCGUUAAAAUGGCAACAUAUUGUACACAGAGGUUGAUAAAGUAGAAAAUAGAAACAAACCAAAUAAUUAUUUAAUGCACAAUAGUACAAAAUGAUUAUGUAUAUACUAAGUUAAGAUUUUAAUACUGGUAUUUUUUAUAUCUGUGGUUUAAAUAAUUGAAUAAUUGUUUCUUUUGAAGUGUGUGAUAAAAAACAAACAAACAAGACAUAGCAGCUGCGAUGGUAAACAAACAGACCUCGUUCAUAUUUUGAGAAACAACAAAGAAGGUGCCAUUUCAUAAACUGUGUUCAUCACAGUAAGUGCCAUGUUAUGCUGUAACAAUGUUUAUUAUAACAUAUAUUCCACACAAUGCUCGCUAUUGUUGUACAAAAUAUAAAACUAAUGGCACCUGCAUUUGCCGUGUUCAGCAGAACUGUUCACUACCCUUGCUCUGACGUAACCAGCUAAAUGCUUUGUGAUGUAAAGACGCUUGUAAUAAAUAUUUUUCUUCUCUCAAA